UUCCGUGGUGAAUCCCAGCGCCGCGCCUUCGCCGUCCGCCCGUCCCUCCCGCAGGCGGAAGGAAUCGACGCGACCGACGCCGGACGACGCCCCCCGGCUCUCAAGCGGGAAGCGGGCGAAGCGGCACGCCUUUGUGGGCGCACUACUGUGUUGGGGGAACAACAUAGAGAGGUGAAGUGAUGCGCACGGCGAGCAAAGGGGGCGGCGGCGCCGGUGAUGGUAGCGUUAGCGCGUUGCCCGAAGGUUGGCGGGCGGAGGAGGCUGUCGCCGGCAACCGCAAGACGCUCGAGGCCCUCAGGGAGCUGGUGACGUACCCCUUCCUCUACGGACGCGAGUCCCGGUUGCUCGGCCUCAAGUGGCCCAGAGGGUUGCUGCUCUACGGCCCUCCUGGAACCGGGAAGACAAGCCUGGUUCGAGCUAUUGUUCGAGAAUGCGAUGCACACUUGACAAUGAUCAGUACAUAUUCUGUACACAAAGCCCAUGUUGGAGAGGGUGAAAAGUUCCUGCGUGAAGCUUUCUCUGAAGCAUAUUCUCAGGCAUCACGGGGUAAACCAGCCGUUAUAUUCAUUGAUGAACUUGAUGCCAUCUGCCCACGCCGUGAUAAUAGGAGAGAGCAAGAGUCCCGCAUUGUUGCUCAGCUUCUUACUCUGAUGGAUGGAAACAAGAAAUCAUCGAAUAUGCUUCCUCAUAUAGUUAUUGUUGCAUCGACUAACAGGGUGGAUGCCAUUGAUCCAGCAUUGAGAAGACCAGGACGUUUUGACUCAGAGGUAGAAGUUACCGUUCCUACGGUUGAAGAACGGUUGCAAAUUCUUAAGCUUUAUGCCAAGAACCUACCUCUUGAUGAAAAUGUCAAUCUUCAAAUUGUUGCUGCAUCCUGCAAUGGUUAUGUUGGAGCUGAUUUAGAAGCUUUAUGUCGAGAAGCUGCCAAGCUUGCGUAUCAUAGAAUGUCGAACUUAUCUGAGGGUGAGAAAGUACUUAAACUUCUUACAGAGGACUGGGAGUCUGCUAGAUCUCUGGUGGGACCAAGCAUGACAAGAGGGAUUACAAAAGAAAUUUCAAUUGUUUCAUGGCAUGAUAUAGGAGGCUUGAAAGAUGUAAAGAAAGAGCUUCAGAAAGCUGUUGAGUGGCCCAUCAAUCAUGCUGCUGCAUAUGCUAGGCUUGGGAUACCACCAAUCCGGGGUGUGCUUUUGCAUGGUCCGCCAGGGUGCUCAAAGACUACCCUUGCAAAGGCUGCAGCACAUGCUGCUCAAGCUUCCUUCUUUUCUUUGAGUGGUGCAGAACUAUACUCAAAGUAUGUUGGAGAAGGUGAAGCUCUGUUGCGAAGAACAUUUCAGAAAGCACGUCUUGCUUCUCCGAGCAUCAUAUUUUUUGAUGAGGCUGAUGCAAUUGCCCCAAAAAGAACUGGUCCUGGUGGGAACUCUAGUGGCAAUGUCACAGUUGGAGAAAGACUCUUGUCAACUUUAUUGACCGAAAUGGAUGGUUUAGAAUUGGCCACGGGAAUUAUUGUAUUGGCUGCUACUAAUCGCCCGAAUGCUAUUGAUGCUGCUCUUCUGCGUCCAGGGCGUUUUGAUAAGGUGCUGUAUGUUCCACCACCAGAUGUGGAAGGGCGAUACGAUGUACUACGCAUCCAUACACGGAAAAUGAAAUUGGGGGACGAUGUAGACCUUUGGAAAAUUGCAGAGUGUACCGAGCUGUUCACUGGUGCUGAUCUUGAAGGCCUUUGCAGGGAAGCAGGAAUGGCAGCACUGAGGGAAGAUCUCUCUGCAAGUUUGAUACGUAACACUCACUUCCAGGCUGCACGAAGUUCGUUGAGUCCAUCUCUUACAAAAGCAGUAGUUGAUGAGUACUCAAAUGCAGCGAUCAAUGAUCCAUCGACCAUGAAACAUUAAGAUUUUCUUCAUUUUCCAUUUUCCCUCGUUGUACAAGAAUAUGCUUGUACAAGAAUAUGCUAGAUCGGUCUUGUACUGACGAAGGCUUAACUUGGCCAGUGGGGAACUUGUAGUCUUAUACCAGGGGAUGCAAUUGAUGUCUGCUUGAAUGAUAAACCCCACAAGUUUUUUUUCACUGAAAACAGCAUGCAUCAACAUGACAAGACAUGAUUCAUUGACGCUCUGUUAUUUUGCUGCCGUGGAAUCUGUCGUUUUCAUGUGCAUAGAUUACUCAUUUUUGUGUUGCACCCA